AUGGCUUGUAGGCAGUUAUGGGCUUCAAGAGCUGCAUCCUAUCUAAGGAUCUCUGUCUUUCACAGAAGCUUCUCUAAUGGUAAUCUUCUUCUUCUUCUCUCCGUGAUCUGCUUUUCGUCAGUUUUGAAAGAGCUGAAGUAUGCUGAUUCUCAUGAGUGGGUGAAAGUUGAUGGAAAUUCUGCAACUGUUGGCAUAACUGACCACGCCCAAGAUCACUUGGGUGAUGUUGUGUACGUUGAAUUGCCCGAGGUGGGAGCAACCGUAGCACAAGGAGAAGGCUUUGGUGCAGUUGAAAGUGUGAAGGCAACUAGUGAUGUUAACUCUCCUGUUUCAGGAAAAGUAGUUGAAGUUAAUGAAGAGCUUAACAGUGCUCCUGCAUUGGUCAACUCAAGCCCUUAUGAAAAUGGAUGGAUAAUUAAAGUUGAAAUGAGUGACAGUGGUGAACUAAACAACUUGAUGGAUUCAGAAAAGUACACCAAGUUCUGUGAAGAAGAAGAUUCCAAGCACUGAUAAUCUUGCCAACAUCUUUUAGUACCCUUCAUGAUGUUGACCAUGUUAAACUAUGGAAGCUAAGAUUCAUGUGUCUUGACUAUAUUUUAUUUCUCGUGAGCUUCAAAUUCAGUGGAUUAAUAAUUUUCACUCUUUGCCUUGGAAAUAUGAAAUUGAUAAUGUUGGGAAUUUGA